CAUGAGAAUGACGAAACCCACGUGGCAACAUUGGCACCAUUCUCAAAGGUCAAAAAAAUCCCCUGCAUUUGUAUUAGCCUAACACGGAAAUCCACAAAGGUUUUGGUGUGCAGGAAAAAUGGCAGAAGAGAAAGUAGUUCGAUUUGGAAUUCUGGGAUGUGCAGGUAUAGCCAGAAAAUAUGUGAGAGCAAUUGGGAUGACGCCCAGUUCCUCAGUGUAUGCAGUUGCCAGCAGAUCAGUUGACAAGGCCAAGGCCUUUGCCUCUGCUAACAACUUACCUCCAGAAGUAAAGACAUAUGGAAGCUAUGAACAGCUUUUGGAUGAUCCCUGUGUGGAUGCAGUCUACAUUCCCCUGCCUACAUCCUUACAUCUCGAAUGGGCUCUCAAGGCUGUCCACAAGAAGAAACAUAUUCUUCUGGAGAAGCCCCCUGCACUUUGUGUUGAAGAUUUUGACACCAUCAUAGAGGCCUGUAGUAAUAAUGAAGUCCAGUUCAUGGAUGGCACAAUGUGGAUGCACCACCCUAGAACUCCCAAAAUGAAGGCGUUUCUUCAAGAUCCAGACCUCUUUGGAGACCUUAAGUCGGUCCACAGUUCUUUCUCGUUUGCGGGUUCUGGUAAGUUCUUUGAAGAGGACAUCCGGGUUAAGCCAGAUUUGGAUGCACAUGGUGCAUUGGGUGAUGUUGGAUGGUAUUGCAUUAGGGCAAUUUUAUGGGCUAAUGAUUAUGAAAUGCCUCAAAGUGUGAUUGCACAUCCCAGGCCUGUUUUGAAUGAAGGUGGAGUGAUUACAUCUUGCGGGGCUACUUUCUCUUGGCAAGAUGGAAGGGUAGCAACCUUUUAUUGUUCAUUUCACUCUCCUCUGACUAUGGACUUAAGUGUCCAUGGGUCUAAAGGAAUUCUGAAGCUUCAUGAUUUUGUGAUUCCCUAUGAGGAGAACUCUGCAUCAUUCUUCUCCUCCACAAACACCCAGUUUGGAGAAAUGGACACUGUUUGGGGCCCCAGACCCAAUGAGCACACAGUUACAGUAGAGUUUCCUCAGGAAAUUUUUAUGCUUCAAGAAUUUGCGAGGCUGGUUAACAGAAUCCGAAAUUCUGGAGGAAAGCCUGAUUCUCAAUGGUCCUCCAUCAGCAGGAAAACACAGAUAGUCCUGAAUGCUAUAAAAACAUCUAUACAGGAAGGCUUGAUUUCUGUUACACUGUGAAGUAUAUAAUGAACUUUUACACUACAAGGUCUCUUCUUAUAAUAAAAACAAAAACCAUUAUUUUGAAAUUUCUGUUUAGUAAUAUGAGCACUUCUUCAUUGUCUAUAAGAACCAUGUUUUGAAAUUUCUGUUUAGUAAUAUGAGCACUUCUUCAUUGUCUA